AUGUAAAGGAAAGAGAAUAUGUUUAUCAGUAAUAAUCAAUUUUCAUUUUAACCAAAUACAGGUAAUUUGAUGAAUACUGAUGAGAUGGAUAGUUAAAGGAAAUAGUUUAUUAAAAUAAAUCAUAUUACUCUAAAUUCAAGUGAUGACGAGGGUAUAGCAUAAUUUCCAUAGCAAUAUAUAAAAUCAAAAUAAUUAUUAGUGAAUAAACAUUUUUAAAGUGUUUAUUUAAUAAGGAAGAGUGAAUAUGGAAAAUUUAUAUGA